AUGGCGUCCACAGUCUCCCAGACCUCCACUCCUAGGAGGCCAAAGGAGUCGGACAGGAUUGGCAGUUUCCAGCGACACGAGGAGAUAGGACGAGGCAGCUUUGCAACAGUAUACAAGGCAAUCCACACGGGCAGUUCCGGUGUGCAAAGCAUCGUUGCUAUCAAAUCGGUCAACAUGUCGAAAUUGAACAAGAAACUAAAGGACAAUUUGACCUCGGAGAUUUCGAUCUUGAAGGGACUGCAUCAUCCUCACAUCGUUGCCCUUAUCGACUGCAAGGAAUCAAGCUCGCAUAUACACUUGGUCAUGGAAUAUGUUGCUCUGGGAGAUCUUUCCCAUUUCAUCAAGAGGCGGAACGAAAUCAAGGACAGUGAGCUGGUGGGCAACAUGAUGGUAAAGUAUCCCAACCCUCGGUACGGAGGCCUUCAUGAAGUCGUUGUCCGGCAUUUCCUACAGCAACUCGCAAGCGCUCUACAGUUCCUGCGGGCGAGAAACCUCAUCCAUCGAGAUGUCAAACCACAGAACCUGCUUCUCAAUCCAUCACCCAUUUAUUUCGAGACCCACGACCCCCGACCGAUGCCCUAUCAAGCCGCUGACAACUCUCUCACCCCCAUCUGCGGAAUCAGAUCGCUCCCCAUGCUCAAGAUAGCUGACUUCGGCUUUGCCCGGUCGUUGCCCUCCACGGCACUGGCGGAGACCCUUUGUGGCUCGCCCUUAUACAUGGCACCCGAGAUUUUGAGGUAUGAAAAAUACGACGCGAAGGCUGACCUUUGGUCUGUGGGGACCGUACUAUACGAAAUGAUGACCGCUAGACCUCCUUUCCGGGCUUCCAACCACGUCGAGUUGCUCCGAAAGAUAGAAAAAAGUGAAGACAAGAUCAAGUUCGGGGACGAAUUCAUCAUAUCCGACGACAUGAAGAAACUCAUUCGACUACUGUUGAAGCGAGAUCCGAAGGAGAGACUGUCCUUCCCGGACUUCUUCAGCAAUGAAAUCCUAACUGGACCCAUUCCGGGUCUGCAUCCCGAGGAUAUGCCUGACGAACCGCCCCAGCCUGAAGUCAACCGCCGUCGAAACAGCCGGACGGAACCUACAGGAAUGGCCCAUCCAAGCCCCAGGAAGGAAUCAGAAAGCCCUUACAUUGACUCUGCAAAGACAGUCUCUGAUGAUCACCUGCCACGGCAACAUUCUAUAAGCAGGCGGAUAUCUGGAGCCAGAGAACAGAUCAAUACCCAGCGUCGACCUUCUGACGGACGGAGAGCAGGUUCCGAAUCUCCCACCACACCAGGCGCAGUGCGUCCAACCCUGCAACCACAUGCGACAGCGCCAGAAAGACAAGACUUGUUUCAUCGGCCUACAUCUAUCCCUAUGGGUCGCCAAACAAGCGCAGGAUCACAUAAGAUGCCGCCUUCCUCGCUGCGUGGUCAGGUCCACGAUGAGCACCGUGAGUAUACUCUGCGCAAGCAACAGGAAGAGAAAGAGCUUGAGCGAGUAGCCCAGGACAUUGCAUUUGAGAGAGACUACGUUCUCGUAGAGAAGAAGGCGGUGGAGGUCAACGCUCUAGCUGAUGAACUAGACGCAAGUCCACGAUUGAACAAAAUUGGUCUGCAAACAGCGGUACCGCCGAAGAGUGGAACAAUGGUCCGCAGAUCAACUACUCAAGGUGUACCUGGGUCAGCAACCGGCGCACAAACCAGCGCAUCUCGAGCUGUGCAAAUUGCUUCAGGAAGAAGGCCUGAUACCCUCCACCAUCGCCAAAAUUCCUAUGAACGACGUUAUGGCCCGAGUCCCAGUUCAGCGACAUCCGCGAUCUCCAAAGCAUUGAACAUGGCCAGCGGGCGUCUGUUUGGGGUGGGAUUUUCACCUCCUGUGCAUCUGAUACGGGGUGGCAAAUCCCCUCCCGUCGCCUACAGCCCGUUCCCCAAUUAUCCCGGAGCGCAAAGCAGCCUUGUCGUGGUAGGAGACGUAGGGAAGCCGGCAGCUGCUGACGAGGAUACCAAGUCCGUGCAGACCGUCGAGGAGAUCGCUACACGAAGUGACGUCGUCUAUGGCUUCGCCGAGGUCAAGUAUAAACAGCUCAUUCCAGCCAUCCCUUCUCAACCCGGACUGGGGUUGCGCAGUACCGCUGGCAGCAAUGCUUCAGACAACCUAUUUGGCGCUUCCAACGACGAUCUGACCGUUGAAGCAAUGGUGAUCGUUGCCGAGGAAGCUCUAGUGCUCUAUGUCAAGGCCCUGGCUCUACUUGCAAAAGCCAUGGACAUUGCAGCACGUUGGUGGGCACGUAAAAACCGUGGCGAAGUGACUGGUGACGCCGCUACAUCCCGCCCGAUCGCAACUUCAGCUGCUACUGGGCAGAGGAUGAACAAUGUUGUGCAGUGGGUCAGGGGUCGAUUCAAUGAGGUCCUGGAAAAGGCGGACCUCGUCCGACUCAAGCUCAUUGAUAGCCAGCGUCGGCUACCUGAUGAUCAUCCGAGCCAUCCCAACAACAUCUCCAGUACAACUACUUCCAGCGCUGGCCUCGGCACUUCCGCGGAUCAGGUUGUUGUUAGCUCUGGAGUCACGGCGGAGAAGCUCAUGUAUGACCGCGCGCUAGAAAUGAGCCGUGCAGCUGCGAUCAAUGAGCUGACGAAUGAGGACUUGGCCGGUUGCGAGAUAUCAUACGUUACCGCCAUCCGCAUGCUUGAAGCAGUCCUCGAGCAGGACGAUGACAGCAACUCCAGUACCCAGGAUGAGAAAGAGGAUGCAGCACCAAUCAGCGGACUAGAAGCAGAAGAUAGGAAGGCAGUCAAGAACUUGGUAACCAGCAUCCGGGGAAGGCUCACUGUCAUUCGACGGAAGUUACAAGUCAUUCAGCAGCGCGCAUCAGCUCCAGGAGCGGCGUCUCCGACUAGCAGGGCAUCUCCUCCCAUUCCUUACCGCGGCAGCAAUCCUGCAUCUGCUGUCACGCCGCCGCGCUCCUGA